AUGGCCGCCGUCCUCCUCGGCCCUCCCGUCAUCUGUGGGGCACGCCCGCCACCACCGCCCACCACGGCUGUGGAGGCCCCCGCUUCCCACCCGUUCCUAGACCUCCUCGACGCCUACUUCAACAAUGAGGACCCUCCAGCCGUUUCAGAUGCCGCCAACGGUGCCAAGGGACCCCGCAUGGCGAGGAGGGAAAACAACUCGGCCACCUACGCGAGUUCCGGCAACCCCUGCCUCGACCUCUUCAUUAGUUAG